CCCAGUGUACUGUACUAACCUCCACUCUUCCUCCUCCACGAUUAGGUGUUCAGUGUGCUGGGUGUUACAGUGCCUAUGUGUCUGUGAGUGUGUGUCUGUGAGUGUGUGUCUGUGAGUGUGUGCUUAUGCGUGUGUGAGCAAGACAGAGAGAGAGAGAGAGAGAGAGAGAGAGAGAGAGAGAGAGAGAGAGGCACAUUGUUAAUGGUCUGUUCCAGACACCUUCCACUCUGUGACAGAGAGCAACAAAAAAAGAGGAGAAAGCCAAACACAGAAGAAGAAAAGAGAGAGAGAGAGAGAGAGAGUUGGUUGCAAGAACCUUUUUGGAAGAGCCUCUUCCAACACCUGGUCUUCUUUUCCUGCAGUCUCCCUCUCCUGCAGUCUCCCUCUCCUGCAGUCUCCCUCUCCUGCAGUCUGUGCGUUACCAUGGAAGACUAUGCGCUGCCUUUCUGGCUCUACAUGGGAGUGAUGUCCGUGUUUGUCGGCGGAGCCAUCAAGAAAGUGCUGGCGUCCCACAUCAGCGCCGUGCCAACGCUGGUGGCCUGGCUCAGCGCCACGGUGCUGGUGGAAAGGCUGUGGUCCUUCUGCGUGCCCGCGGUCCUGGUACUGGCUGCCCUCUGCCUCGCCUGCUGCCUCUACUCUGUCAGGACUGCCCCGAUGCCCGCUCUGCCUGCCGAGGGCAAGGUUGUGUUCAUCACAGGUUGCGACUCCGGCUUCGGUAAUGCAGCCGCACGAAAUCUGGACGAGCUGGGUUUCGAAGUGUUCGCUACAGUGCUGGAUCUGUCCGGGGAGGGAGCCAGAGACCUCAAGAGGACCUGCUCCCCGCGCCUCACCCUCCUCCAGGUGGACAUCACCCAGCCACAGCAGGUCCAGCAGGCCCUACUGGACACAAAGGCUAAACUGGGACUCAGAGGGCUUGAACAGCUCCUUUGGAGGGAAAUCUUUUUACAGUCAAACCUGGGUUGCCAGAUGAAUUAUUUUGAUACGACAAGCCUCUAACUAAGGGUGUGUUUGCUUCUAGGAGACCAGCCGUUCCCUAGCCUGGCUGCAUACGGGGCGUCCAAGGCCGCCCUCAACCUCUUCAUCAACACCCUGCGGCACGAGAUGGAGCCCUGGGGGGUCAAAGUCUCCACCAUCCUGCCAUCCUCCUACAAGACAGGUCAGUCCAGUAACCAGGAAUACUGGGAGAAACAAUUCAAGCACCUGGUCCAGAACCUGAGUCCGUCCCUCCUGGAGGAAUACGGGGAGGAUUACAUGGAGGAAACCAAGGAACUGUUCCACAGCUACGCCAGGACAGCCAACGAAGACCUCAGCCCUGUUAUCAACACCAUCUCGGAGGCGCUCCUCUCCCCGAAGCCUCAUGUUCGCUACUUCGCUGGCCCCGGCGUGGGCCUCAUGUACUUCAUCUACAGUUACUUUCCCUUCAGCAUCAGUGACAGGUUCCUCCAGAAACUGUUUGUCCGGAAGAAGCUGGCACCCCGGGCCUUGAGGAAGGAAAACAGCCUGAGCUUAAACGGCCUGAACCACAAUAUUAACAACAACAACAUUGAGAAAGUAGACAAGUAGUCUAAACUAUAGAUGGGUGUGGGAAAAAAUAUAUAAAUAUGUGUACGAAUCUGUAGGACCACUUCUGUAACAGGCUCAUAGUGUUGUGUUUUGACGUACGUUUCGUUUUGUAUAUUUGUUUUUUACUUGUAUAUUGAAUAUGUAUUAUUGAAGGGAUCAUUGAAUUGCACCAAAUGUUUUUGUGUGUGUGUUUUUUUUUGUCUCGUAUAAUAUAACAUGGCAGCCAGUGAGUGGGUUCUGUGUCAGAGAAGAUAAGCCUAGAGGUCAACAAGUUUGGGGUGGUAGAGCUAUCUCCAUGACAACAAACAAUUAGGCUUAGGCUAGCCUUGUACCUGUGGGUCCCUCACCUGUGGUCUAUGACCCUGUGUACUGUAUUAGGUUCUAGGCACAAGCUAGCUCAGUUACGAACACAUUGUAGACAACAAACGUAAUAAAAUCUGCCAAUAAAAACGCACAUUUACUACUGGCAACAGCAUAUUGGUAUUUCACCGCAUGUACAGACAACACACAAAUACACACUGAAGACGUGCCUUGGUCGCAAUCAUUAUGUAUCGUAGCAAUCAUUAUGACAGAAAUGUAUGUAGUGGAAUUCAUUUGUUUUGUUGCUGUCGUGGCUGAUUUGAACUAUUCCCUGUGACCUGCUCUGAGUCAUACAGUACAGAGCAAAAGACACAAACUUGGCCUUGUUUUUGUAAAUAUGUCAUUAUCAAGUUUUUUGAUUAAUGGAUCCUAGAAGUUGAAUUUCAGAUGUUGUUUGUACUUAUGUGCAUUUAUUUUUAUUUUUCACCUCACUGUUAACUUGUCACUUAAAUCAGAAUAUUCAUGCCAGGUGUUUUUUAUUUCUGGUUUUACUCAUGAAUCACUUCAACUGUGAAUUUUAUAUCACAUCAUGAAAAAAACGGAUGAAAAAAACAAACAAACCGCAAUUGUUCACUUGGUUCGUUCUUUGAUAGUAUUAAAGUUGACUUUUUCAAACA